UACUGUAGUCGCUAGGAUCGCUGUCGACGUUUGUGUACUUUCUUCUUGUAAAUAUGUUUACCACACUAUGCGAUAAACUAAGUUAGGGCUAUUCACUCUAAUUUUUGGACUUUAAGUUGUCCAAAAUAGUUUUUGUUAAAAUGAUUUUUAAACAAAAUUAUCAAAACCUGUAUUUUCUUUAGAAAAGCAACACUUUUUUUCCAUCAUCCAUACUACCUUGAUCGUAGGCCUAAUUCAUUAAAAGGACCUGAUAUACAUUAAUGAUUGAAGAUAAGAACACGAUCCAGUUUGCCUGAUGAACCCUGAUAUUGGCCAAAACGAUUCAUUGGCACUGGAUAUGGCAGAAAAUGAAUGCCUUCACUUCAGCAGGAUCAGCUGAGAUAUUAAGAUCAUCCCAGAAAGACGAACAGUACAUCCAGCAACUGCAAGGUGAAUUAGCCGAGCUUGUUCAAAGGAUAGCAGGAAUUUCCAAUUGGUUAAAAUGGAGAAAGGAGCUAGAUGUGUUGUCAACUUUGACCUACUUUGGAAUCACAACACUGGCUGGACUCCAGACCUUAGGUGAAGAGUAUGUUCAUAUAGUUCAGGUUGAUGGAAGUCUGAGAAGAAUUCCAUCCUGGUGGAGACGAGCAUUAUCUGUUCUGUUGCACUCCUCGAGUAACUAUCUACUACAAGCUUCCCUCGUGGUUCUGGAGAGGACAACAAGUGAAUCCUGCCUUCAACAGAACAUGGUUUCCUUUAUCCCUUACGUUCGUCAAUUCCUCACUUUUAUACACCGUAGUCAUCUUGUUCUGUUUUAUUUCUUUGGAACAUUUUAUCAUCUUUCGAAACGAAUCACUGGAAUCAAUUAUGUUGUACUUCGAAGCUGGCUAGCUGAUCGCAGUGCCCACUGGGCAUAUAGGCUCUUAGGAACGGUUACUUUACUCCAACUGGUUCUUUCGCUUAUACUUCAAUAUUACACAUCAUCAGUUUUCAGAAAGUAUACUCAUUCAGUUAAUUCCCACGAAAACGAUCCAAGGUAAGUAAAUUUCAGUUUGUUGUUAAAGCAGAGUAGCAGUCAGAUAAAACAAAAUUAUCGAACAUGUUUAAUUCUUACAGUUAAAGUGACUAUUUGUGUAACUUCAACAAUUUUUGUUUUAUUAACUGAUUACUGGAUAUGUCCUUGUAUUAAUAAUAUUUUCUGAAAUGAGCAUGGCUAAUUAAAUACAGCGUUUAAUCUAUAUUACUGUAAAUUUAGUAAUAUCUCGCAAGGUUCGGUCAACCGAGACGACUUGGGUUAGCCCUAAAUCCAUCUGCUAAGCUAACAUUGCAAAAUAAUCGUUAUAAUAAAAUAAUAAACAUAAAAAUAAUAUUAGAAGUAAUAAAAACUAGCAAAUAAAAGUAGGUAUGUUCUGACCUACACUGUAUGUGGUAAAAAUAUCAUUUGCUUACGCUGAAUUCCAAGUAACAAUUUAUUACCACACUGUGGUAAAGGUAAACUUGAUUCAAUCAGUUUAGUUUUUAGUGUUUAACUUCCAUCAUGUAGUUACUUAAUAUUACAUAAACUGAUAAUGAAAAUUAAUGAAUUACUAAUUGGCUCAUGUAAGUCUAACUCUAGUAAAAUAAUAUUAAGCACUUUAAUAAUGGUUUAUUUGAAAUGCUUAACUUAAGCUUUUACGUGCCAUUGAAUCCCUGGUUUGUUUAACUUUCUUGCUAUUAAGUUGCUCAUAAUCAUCAAAGAGGCCUUUUAUUUCUUUGUUUUGUUGCAUCAUUUAGGGCUAACAAUGGGUCAUUGAAUUUUGGCCUAUCUAGGCUAUCCUAUUUUCUACUACUGCUCUUCUUCAGCUAUAUAUGUAGAAAAUACCUUGUCUUGUAUUCAGCCUUUAUCUUUAAAUUGAAUAGAGUUGUUUAAACAUCUGUUUAACAACAAGUAAG